CAGGCCUCAAGCUCGCUCAGAGACUUCUGAAGGGGUGGCUGCAGGCCCUGUGCAGGGAUGGACAGCGAGGUGCAGCGGGACGGCAGGAUCCUGGACCUGAUCGAUGACGCCUGGCGAGAGGACAAACUGCCCUACGAGGAUGUGGCCAUCCCCCUGAACGAGCUCCCUGAACCAGAGCAGGACAACGGUGGCACAACUGAGUCUGUGAAAGAGCAGGAGAUGAAGUGGACAGACCUGGCCCUGCAGUACCUGCACGAGAAUGUCCCAGCCACAGGCAACUGAUGAAGCCCUCAGGCUUCAGACAGGCACCGGGAGCUGCCCUGUCCAGCUGGGCACUGCUGCACAGGCUCCUCUCAGGAGGAAACAGCACUGCUGGCACAGGCCCUGCUGCUCUGCAGUGGCUGCUGACAGUGACCAGACCCAGCCGUGGGCAGCUGGCUCCUCAGAGCUGCUCUCAGGCUCUGCCCUCACAGCCUUCAUUCCAGCUCUCCUGGUCACUUGUUCUGCAGCUGGUGCCAGUCUGAGCUUCAGUGUUCUCUCCAUGUGAUAAAUGAAGUCAUUUCU